AAUCACGGAUAGUAGGCGGCUAGGCGCGCGUGGGAGCGUGCGUGCCGCCCCGAGACUUGUCAUCAUCAAUGACUCCACUGCUGCUGCAGUAUUUGCUGCUGCCGCUGCGGUUUACUUGACAUAGAUCAUACACGAACAAGACACCACAUCAUCACGCAUAACAGCGCUGCGCUCGCGCUGUCUGCACGGUUUCAACACCAAGUCAGCCUGCUGGCCGCCUUAAGAGUCGGCGACGACCCGCCGCGGGUCGUAGCUACCUACGGAUCUAGCGUUUCCUUGCGACGCCUGCUGCACUUGGCCGCUGUCAAGCCCACGGUAAGGCGCGGGGCGCAGCGCCCAAGCGCGGGCGGGAAAACGCAUCCGGCUCAGCCCUAGCUCCACACAGCGAUUGCUAUGCGAACUUAGCAGAAUCUCUUGCAGUAGCGCACCAGGGCUGCUGGGCGCGUGGCUGGGCCGGUGCAAGUCCGCGCUGCGGCGGCCUCAAAGCGCCUGCAUACGCUUUCAGCUCUCUUCCAGCACUUGUUUUGCACAGAAUUCAGCCUUUGCCUUUGCACCCGUUUUGCAGCAAGCGCAGCGCAGGCGCUGCCACGGCACUUGCGCUGGGUGCGCCAAACGCCAAGCGCCGUCACUCUGCGCUGGCUAAGCAAAUCAAGGUAAGCGUUUGGAGCAGCUUUCCAGGGCAUUCCGCGUGGGUCUCACCCACAGUCAAGCGGGAUGGCGCUGGGCCAGGUCACGCAGUCCUUCGAGCUCAACCAGCUCACGCGGCACCUGGGCCAGAGCUGCGUCGACUGCUGGGAGGUGACAGAGCGCCAGUCCGCCACCGCCUCCGCCGCCGCCGCCUCCUUCGGCCUGGCGGCGGCGGCCUCCGGCACCGCCACUACCACCAGCAGCCGCAUCUUUGAGGCGGCGGUGAAGACCUGCGCUCUGGACCUGGAGGGCCUGGCGGCGGGCGGCAGCACGCCGCAGACGGUGGCGGUGCACGCCAAGGAGGCGGCGGCGGCGCUGGCGGUUCAGGCGCUGGACUCGCGGCACCUGGUCAAGGUGGCGCGGGAGUCGCUGACUGACGUGGUGAAGGGCCACCCCUGGCCACCGCGUCUGCCCGAGGCCGCGGUGCGCGUGGUGCUGGCCUCGAUGCUGCUGGGCCUGCGCGACCUGAUGCACGGCCGCGCGAGACUGGCGCACCGUGACCUGAAGCUGCACAACCUGCUAAUCGGCAAGGACCGUCUUGUGAAGAUCGCUGACUUCGGCCUGGUGACGCCACUGGACAACCAGGGCCGCCUGGCUGUCCUGGUUGUCCAGUGCCCUGGUUGUCCAGUGGCGUUACCAGGCCAAAGUCGGUGAUCUUCACAAGCCGGUCCGUGCCAAUCAGCAGGUUGUCGAGCUUCAGGUCACCGUGCGCCAGCACGGAUGUGCGCGGACGCCGCAGCCCUCGCGCCCUUCCAGGAGUGCUUUGUGAUAGAGGUGCUGGCCACCGGCCUACCGACAACACGCAGCAACUGGCCGACGGGCUCGAAGGGGCUGUACAUGCGAAAGCUGGGCGCGAGGGGGCCAAAGUAGUCAGGAUUGUGCAAGCCUCUUAAGAGCCGUAAGCUGCUGGUCUCCUAGGCGCGCAGCGGAGUGCACUGGCCGUUGAGGGCGCCAACUCCUGGACCAUGAACUAACGGGUUCGUGCACGAGGUAACACGCAGUAUAAUGCAAAGGG